AUGUCCAAGUUGUCUUCGUCCUUCGACUAUUACCCCUAUUAUCUAAUCCCAGCCAUCACCCGCUACUCCAAAAACUCCGGCACUGAAAACACCGUCUUCUCCAUCUACAUCACCUACGCGCAGCCUGUCCCGGACACGUCGCUUCUCCAGCAGGUCUUAUCGGUAUCCUUUGGCAAUUACAGAAUCACAAACCCUACCAUCCAUCCAGACACUAGCGGUAGUCCAAACUCCUUUUCCGCCUCAGUCAAAGCCCCACCUUUAGUCUUUGCGCUCGGUGCCCAACAGCAGCAACAGCCCUCCGUGCAAGACACCCAGGUGCCUGUCAGUCUCGUGGUUCAGAAUCAAGACACGACCAAAGACCCCCAGUCUCUUUAUGUGUGUCAUUUUACAUACGAGCUUAUUCCUAAACAACCAGCCUCUCUUCCCCCACCUCCACUCCCCACACAUUUACAACAACAACAACAACAACAACAUCCAGAUCCCACUAAGCGAGAAGAAUCAAAUCUCGCAACUGUGCCACUUGGUAGUAGCACAGAAACUUCAUCUCUUACCGUAUUACCCCCAGGCUCCACAAUAACACAAGUUCAUCCGGGUAUCAGCCAGCAGCAGCAGCAGCAGCAGCAUUCUUCAACAACUUCCUCCUCUUCUUCUUCCAGUGUCAUCGAUCCACGCGUUGUGUCACCAGAAAACAUAAUACCGGGUAGUCUAGUAGUCAAUCCACAAUCUGCCAGUCAAAACAUUCUCGGGUAUUUUAAUCAUUCUUCAAGUGUUGCAAGCUGUUCCCAGCAAAAAAUCCAUUACGUGGGCUCCACAGCAACUUCUCCAGUCACUUACCACCAACAACCCAAAACAGGCGGUAACCAAGAGUAUACCACCCAACCAGACACUAGCCGCUCAGGUAUAGACUCUCCACAAGUUCUCUUGCAAAGCAUGGGCACCGCCAGCUUACAAUCACAGCAGUACAAGCCUCCACCGCCGCCACUGCCACCGCCACACCAUCAAGGGGUAUCCACAGCUUCAUCGUCCAUGUCACCAUUAGACUCGGCAACCUAUGUCCCGGUAUCUUCUCAUUAUCAUCAUCAUUCUCCUUCAUCAUCUGUCACAACUACUUCCUCCGCAUCGUCGUCAAUUACAACCACAACCUCUUCAGGGUACAUGGAUGCAACAACGUACCCUCGCACAUCUGGUGCUGGACCCCCAGCGCCGCAGUCGCAACAACAACAGCAGCAGCAACAACAACAACAACAGCAGCAGCAACAACAGCAACAACAGCAACAACAGCAACAGCAAACACACAUCUAUUACCAACAAGCAGCACCGUCAUAUUACCAGCAAGGGUAUGAGCUCAACACACAAACAGCCGCAUACGAUCCAGCUGCCACCACAGGUAUGCCGGACCUAUCUGGUUGGGGAGGUAUCAGUGGGGUUGCAACCGCUGCAGGUGGAGCAAUCGGGUACUACCAGCCUCGAGUCAUUAGCACACCACAGCAACAAGCCCAAGCUCAACAGCAGUUGGGACUUGCCAGUGUGACUGCCUCACAAAUGCACCCUCAAAUGGGCAUGCAAUCUGCACCCAUGAUGUAUGGACAGUUUGAUCCGUCCGCCAUUGGGAUCCCCAAUUUGGUUCGAACAACCGCGUUGUCACAAGCCACCAUGAGCCUAGGGCUUGGAGGUAUGCCACACGACCCGCUAAUCAGUGAAUCUACCAAAGCUAGUCUAGAAAUCAUGGGAAAUCUGGACCACAUGACUCAAGAAUGGACAGAACAGGAGAACCAAGCUCGAAGGCGACUAGUCCAGUUUAAACGGACACAGCAUGGGGCUGUGGUGCGGGUACAAUUCUUCCCCCUAGAGGCGGACCAGUACACGCAGCACACGCCGUGCAUUAGCUGUAUUUACUGGGCUGAGCGGAACGAAUGUUUUGUGACAAGUGUAGACUGCAUUUACUUGCUGGAGCAGCUCAUCAAUAAUAAAUUUACUGUUGAGGAGAAGAACCGUAUCCGUCGCAAUCUUGAGGGGUACCAUCCGUUGACCGUAUCCAAGGGCCGUGCAAGUUCGGGUGAGUUUUUCAGACUCAUCAUGUCCUUCAGCUCGCCAAAGCCCAGAAACAUUGAAAAGGAUGUCAAAGUGUUUCAGUGGUCACAGUUGGGCCGGGCUCUCCAAAAAAUUGUUGGAAAGUAUUCUGCAGACUAUGGUGGACAUGCUGCCAGUUUCGGGUAUGCUGGGGCUAGUUCAUAUCAUCCGCAGCACCAAAUCAUUCCGCUGCAUAGUCAACUAUCGUUUGCCCAAGUACAAGCUCAAGUUCAAGCACAACAACGUGCUCAUCAACAGCAGCAGCAGCAGCAGCAACAACAACAACAACAACAACAACAACAACAAAAAUCCGUUGUUUCCACGCCGGCGCAAAAUGCACCAGCACCACUUCAAGCUCCAGUCGGUGCCCCAAUCUCGGUACCGCCGCCACCACCGCCACAACAACAAACAGGCGUAGAAGGUGAAGAUAGCCGGCAAUGGCCAUUGCAAUCGCAAGGGCCUCCACCGCCACAUCAACAUCAACAUCAACAUCAGCCACAGCAACAACCUCAGCAGGUGUUGCCGCCACGGACAAACCCCUCAGGCAAUAACAACUCUCGAAAUAAUAGUGGAGGGUCUGGAGGGUCAGCAUCUGGCGGAGCUGGGUCAAUUCAAGAUUUUCUUCCAACAGGGUAUAGAUAG